GUCUGCGACCAGCUCCAAUCUCGUCCCCUGGAGGGCGGAACGCGAAGUUCCUACCUGCACCUGUGGCAGCUGGGGCCGCCUCUAGGAAUAUUUUUUUUCUCCCUGCUGCACCGGGGUUCUGGUUUCCCCAAGCACUUGACCAAUAACCAGCAGGUGGGCAGAUGUCCCUUCCCGCGCCGAGAACGGACCCGUAGGAAGGUCCAAUGGGCCAGAGUGAGCAGCCCGGGUCCCAUCUACUGGCGGCUCCCGCGGGUGCUAGCAGGCAAGAGGGACGCGUCGGAGAAAGAAAGGCAACUGUACCCGUAGCGCCUGCUUCGGCAUUCACCUAGGGGAGCGAGCCCGGCAUUUCCUAGCCGCGCCGCCUUCAGGUCGGAGCCGACUCGCAUCGCGGGAAGUUGGCGCCUGAAGAGACAGCCGCCGCACGGGGCUAGAGCUGUGCUGGGAAGGCUCCUCGCUCGCCUCGGAGCCCCCGCCGGCUGGCACACCUUACAGAAGCCGAACUUCCCCAGAACUGUGCGGAGAGACGCCGCUCCUGUCUACCCCGGCGCCCCGAGCGCGCCCCCUCUGUGUUCUCCGUGGCGAGCACAGCGCGGGGCCGCUGGGUCCUGGGAAUCCCGAGCAGCACAGGGCGCCGCCUCGGCUCCCAGCCCGCACUCGCGUGGGAGAAGCCGGUGAAGGGGUGGAGUGAACUCCGAGGGAAGAAGGGCCGCCGCCGCCGAGGCCCUUCCUCACCCGCGGCGGGGAGGCCCCUCCAGGAGGCAGACCAUGGCGGAUAGCGGCGGCACGGGCAGCUCGGGCUCCUGGUGGAAAUCGCUCACCAACAGCAGGAAGAAAAGCAAGGAAGCCACCGUGGGGUCGCAGCCUCCAGCCCAGCCUGCCCCCGGCGAGCCUACGCCUCCCGCGCCGCCCAGCCCUGACUGGACUAACAGUUCCCGGGAGAACCAGCACCCCAGUCUCCUUGGGAGCGUCGGCGAGCCCCCCAAGCCAGACAAGUCAUGCGGGGAGAAAUCGGGCAACAGCCGCCGUAAUUUGAAGAUCUCGCGCUCUGGCCGCUUCAAGGAGAAGAGGAAGGUUCGUGCCACUCUACUCCCCGAGGAGGUGAAGUCCCCGGAGGAGGCCGGCUUCCCUGGUGACCUCCACGAAGAGAGGCAGUAGCCCCCGCGCGCCAGAACUUUCCCCUCCCGCCACUGCUACCCAACCCCAAGUUCUAAGCCCGAGAAUUCUGCCCCACCCGUGUACUUGGUGUUUCAUCCCACCAAAUUCAGAAUGUUCAUAGGAAGCCUCCAUGAUUUUAUUUUUCUGGAAAUUGAAGUGUCAGUUGAGUUUUCAAUAUUUCAUGACUCAAGGAUGCAUUAAGUAUUUAUUUGUGGUAAGAGAAGAUACCCGUUGCUGAGGAAGUUG